GAAACCGACGCUGUUUAUUCCCACGGUCGCUUGCUGGAGUGUGUAGAAAUGCAGUGACGUCAAGAUUUGAAUUACGAAGAAUCCGAUCCAAUAGCAAUCCUCUCUUCAAAAAUAUCAAAACCCGAAUCAAUCAUAUUUAUUCACAUUUCCUUUAUCAUUCAUAUUCUCAUUCUUAUUCUUCUCGACUUUGAAUCCAACACAUUCACACAGCACGAUUACAUUUUCUCUCUCUCUCCCAAAACCCUCGCCGCCGCAAUGGAAACCAAGAAGCUUCAGCUUCGCUUCUCGCUCGGCCGGCAAUCCUCCCUAGCGCCGGAGCGCGGCGGCGCGGGCGACCUGUCGGAGGCGCUGGAUCCGACGGUUCGGUUGAUGUAUCUGGCCAACGAAGGAGACUUGGACGGGAUCGAGGAACUUCUGGACGCGGGGAGCGACGUCAAUUUCACCGACAUUGACGGCCGCACCGCGCUCCACGUCGCCGCCUGCCAGGGACGCACCGACGUUGUUGACUUGCUGCUCCGACGAGGCGCUGAAGUUGAUCCGCGAGACCGCUGGGGCAGCACCCCUCUAGCUGAUGCAAUGUACUACAAAAACCACGACAUCGUGAAGCUUUUGGAGAAACACGGUGCAAAACCUCCAAUAACUCCCAUGCAUGUGGAGAAUGCUCGAGAAGUCCCAGAGUAUGAGAUUGAUCCUUCUGAACUCGAUUUUACUAAUAGUGUUUGCAUAACAAAGGGAACUUUCCGGAUUGCAUUAUGGCGUGGAACUCAGGUUGCUGUCAAGACACUUGGGGAGGAAGUGUUCGCUGAUGAUGAUAAAGUAAAAGCAUUUCAUGAUGAGCUUACAUUGCUUGAGAAAAUAAGGCAUCCAAAUGUAGUUCAGUUUUUGGGUGCUGUAACCCAAAGCACCCCAAUGAUUAUCGUCACAGAAUUUCUACCCCAGGGGGAUCUUCGUGCCUACAUGAAGCGGAAAUGUGCAUUAAAACCAGUAACAGCUGUAAAAUUUGCACUUGAUAUUGCUAGGGGUAUGAACUAUUUGCACGAACAUAAACCUGAAGCCAUUAUACACCGAGAUCUUGAGCCUUCAAAUAUUUUGCGGGAUGAUUCUGGGCAUCUGAAAGUUGCAGACUUUGGAGUUAGCAAGUUGCUUAAAGUCGCUAAAACAGUCAAGGAAGACAAACCCGUGACAAGCCUGGAUACAUCAUGGCGAUACGUUGCACCAGAAGUCUAUAGAAAUGAGGAAUACGACACAAAAGUGGAUGUGUUUUCUUUUGCUCUGAUAUUACAGGAGAUGAUUGAAGGUUGUCCACCGUUCUAUGAAAAACCAGAAAACGAAGUUCCUAAAGCGUAUGUUGAAAAUGAGCGCCCACCAUUUAGAGCGUUGCCAAAGCUUUAUGCUUAUGGACUAAAAGCGUUAAUUGAGGAAUGCUGGGAUGAAAAACCACAGAGAAGGCCAACAUUUAGGCAAGUAAUUAGGAGAUUGGAAGACAUCAACGGCCAUCUUGUACAAAAGAGGCGCUGGAAGGUACCCCUUUUUUGUGCAUACAUUUAUUUGAUCAACAUUAGACCUAGUUGUGAUAGUGUAAUUUUGACAUAAUAGUAAUUUGUGACACCAAACUAGAUUACGAAUUUUAAAGUAAAUUUAGAUGGUUUUUCUUUUUUAAUUUUUGUUGAUUGAAAAAGAGUAGUGCAAGAGCUUUAUAGCUCUAUGCCACGUCCAUCUUCAUUCAUGAGUUAAUUACACAAUAAUUCAAAAGAUGACUAAUAGUAUUCGGCUGCUCCUUUCCUUUUUCCAUCCUAAGGGAUAUCCAUUCUGGAGAAUUUAUUUUUGGUCCAUAAUCUUUGGAGUUGGUUUCCAUCGUAUGAUUCCAAUAGUCCACGGUCUCUGACUAUUUUUUACCCAUCUCACUAGUGGAAUACCCUCAUCAAAAGUGAGGAUAUUGUU